GAAUUAUCAACUCUUGUUGUUUAUUACAAUUAUUCGCAGAUGUACUUGAUAUUUUAGUGCAUUAAAAAAUUGAUAAUAAUUAAACAAUUACUAUUCUAAUAUAAAUUUAAAUUUUUAAACAGUUAUUAAAUAUUGAAUUUUAAAAAUAUUCUUUUUAUAGUUUUUGAAAUGUACAAUAUUAUUUUAUUUUUUAUAAUCUAUUGUUCCUUGUUGAUGAAUUUUGUUCGCACUGAAUGUUGGACUACAGGUUGCCAAUUGGAUACAUGGGCUGUUAGAGGUUGUGCUGAGUAUGGUAUGAAAGAAAUAGGUCGACAAUCAUGUGACGGAGGACUUUUGUUUACGUGUUGCUCAAAAGAUGGAAGUUCAUCUAGUUCAACCAGCCAAACAUCAGGAUGUUGGACUACUGGUUGUCAAAAAGACGAUUGGUUAAUUAGAGGUUGUGAACAAUAUGGAAUGGACGAGACCAGACAACAACCAUGUAGUGGUGGUAUUAUGUACUCAUGUUGUCCUCGAGCUAGCAAUAAUCUAGAGCCUCAGAUACCUUCUGAGCCUCACAUAUCUCAAGAAAACCAGCAACCUCAAGUAUUUCCAGAUGUACAAUCAAAUAACGAACCACAAGUAUUUCCAGACACUCAAAUAAAUAAUCAACAACAAGUUUUUCCAGAUAGUCAGACUAAUACCCCAAUAAAUGUUAACUCACCAGAAUGUUGGACAACGGGUUGCCAUAAAAUUAAUGGUCCUGUUAAAGGAUGUUCGCAUUAUGAUAUGAGAGAAGUGAGUCGACAGCCUUGUGAAAAUGGAUUGAAAUACGUGUGCUGUCCUCUAUGAUUUUAUAAAAUUUUCUAUAUUAUAUCACUUUACAAUUUUUUAUUUAUCUAAAAAUAUUAAUUACAUAUAAUACUUUUACUUAGUGUGAUAUUUAUAUUUGUAUUAAUUUUAUUUUUUUAAUAUAAUAUUUGAACUUAAAAACAAAUAAAACUGCGUAUAUACGAUUUUUAAUUAAUAAGGUAUUAAGAAAUCAAUAAUAAUUUACGUGAUACUUAUUUUUUUUUUUUAAUUGAUAAACGAAAUUGAACGCCUGAACAAAUGAGCGUAAAUACAAAUUUACUGAAAUGUUAAUAUUUAUGUAAUCUUAAUGUUAAUUAAUGUAAAAAUAUUUAUUCACAUUAAAUAGUCAUCAUAAAACUUAAAAUGUUGAUAAAAUUUUAUUACUAUAUUUAAAAGGCAAUCAAUAAUACUGUAUAUAUAUAUAUAUAUAUAUAUAUAUAUAUAUGUGUGUGUGUGUGUGUGUGCGUGUGUUAGUAUGGUUUAUAAAAUAAAAAUAUAUAUAUUUUUUCAAAUAUUUUAUCUAAAAAGCUUAUUCUAUGAUUUUUGUGUAAGAAAUAUUUUAUUAAUAAAAUUUCUCUAAAAUAAACACUACUUAAUUAAAU